GUACAGAAAACUUCUCUGGUGAAUUCGUUCCAACUUGGAAGCUCACAUGUCCUAUUUCAUCUAUGGACAUACGGCAUUCAAGAGGUGAUAGGACGAUACUUUAACCAGGCAAAAGGUGGGCAAGGGAACAACAUUGCAGUGGAACAAUACAUGCUGCAAUUGAAGCGUAGCAGUGCAAGCAUGGCAAAGCAGAUUGAGCUUCUUGAUGCUUCUCAAAGGAAGCUUUUGGGACAUGGUUUAAGUUCGUGUACUUCUGAGGAACUUCAAGAGACCGAGAGUCAGCUGGUGCGAAGCUUAUCCCUUAUCAGGGGGAAAAAGGCUCAGUUAUGGACGGAUGAAAUAGAGCAUCUAAAAGAGAAGGAGAGACUUCUGUUAGAGGAAAAUGCAAGGUUAAUCGAAAAGUUACCGGCUCAAGAGAAAGGUAUUGUACCCUACAGAAGCCGAAGUAGCCAGGCUUCAGACAUAGAUGUGGAGACUCAAUUGUUCAUCGGACUGCCAGAAAUGCGCUGCUCAUGAAAGAAGUUUUGGCAUCUGCUUGCUCAUGACCAUGUUCUCCCAAAAAUUCGAAGAUUUCUCAAAAUAAGAGGAAAUAAUAAACAAAUGCAUUAUGAUUGUAUAACCAGCUCGUUGAUCACUUAUUCCAUGUGCAAGUUCAUAAAUAGUACUGUUGCUUCCUGUUUGCUAAAAUUUGUCAGCUAGAUGUUUGAAAAUAAUCGUGUUAAUGUUAGCUAUGACUUCAGUACUGUAAUAUAUUUAAUCGAGGGAAUCGUCAAUCUUAAUCAUUUUCGUUCAUUAUGUUAA